CUUCUUUCUAUCUUUUCUCUCUUCCCUUUCUGCCUCUUUCUUCUUUCAUCUUUCUUCUUCUUGCUGCUGCUGCUCCUGUCUUUUUAACUCUCUUAUAAAUACCCACAGCUCGCCCCUCCCCUCUUUCUUCUCUCUCUCUGUAUAUCAUUUCUUUAUUUAUUUAUUUAAAAAGAAAACCAGGAGAAGAUGGGCUUACAGAGCCAGCUGAACGACGUGUCAUCUGACUCAAUCCCUCUGCUCCUCUUAGCCCUCAUAGCCAAAUCCAUAGAUCAUCUCCGCUCUUUCUUCUUCUCUAUCUUCCACUCUAUGGCUCUCCCCCGAUUCACCAAUUCCCAAUCCAUACUCUUUGACGAAGGUUUAUUGAUCGACUCAAUGGGGUCUGGGCUCUCCAGCCUUAUAGUCCUCGCCGAACAGCUCAACGUCAACCGUCUGUUUUCUUACAGGUACCGCAGUUGUGGUGGUAAUGAUGACAAUCAUAAUAGAGGAGGGGCAGGAGCAGGAGCAGGAGGUGGAGGAGGAUCGGAUUGUGUGGUGUGCUUGUGCGCGUUAAGUGAUGGUGAUCAGGUUAGGAAGCUCGAUUGUAGACACGUGUUCCAUAAAGAUUGCUUUGAUGAUUGGCUUCGUCAGCUCAAAUUUAACUGCCCUCUUUGCCGUUCUCCUCUCGUUUCUGGUCAGCGCGUGCUCUCCACGCGCAGCCGCGUCGCUGGUGAUUUAGUUGCCUGGUUCUCCGUCCGGUGAUGCGCUCUUGCACGAUGAGCGAUUGAUUGAUCGAUCGAUCGAUCGACCGUCGGUGGUUUGGUCGUGCGGUGAUCCAUCGGUGAAUGGUGAUGAUGUUAUAUGUAUUGAUAGGAAUUUUCUUUUUCUUUUUAAUUUUAGUUUUGGAAUUUUUGAUCAACUCCUUUUUUUUUUCUUUUUUUAAUUUUUCCCCUUUUUUAAGAGCUCUUGAGAGUUCUUUUUAUUUUUUCUUUACUGUUUUUUUCCUUUUUAACUGCUGUAAAUUCUUUAGGUUUUAGUACUUAUUACCAAGGAUACUGUUGUACUCAUGCUAUUCACAAUUUAGAAUUACAUUUUUUCUUAAA